AUGUCACUGUUGUGCGUCACCAUCCGAAAGGCACGACUUCAAGGAUCGCAAGAUGAAUUCAAUUCAUAUGCUGUAGUUAAAUUACAAAAUGUUAAAUCGACAACGAUAGCAGUAAAAGGCAAUCAACCAUGCUGGGAGCAAGAAUUCAUCUUUGAAACAAAUCGAAUUGAUAAUGGUAUGCUAUUGGAACUUUGGAAUAAAGGUGUCCUUUGGGAUAAACUUCUCGGUGUGCAUUACUUAACAUUAACAUCGGUGCAAUACAGUAAUGAAGCAGGUCCUGGCAAGUGGUUACAAAUUGAUCAAGAAUUAGAAACUCGAAAUGGCCAAACGGUUGGAACAAGUCGUCCAACUGGGCACUCAAUUUUAGUUGACGUACGCUUCGAACUGCCAUAUGAUGCACAAGGUGCUAAUGCGGAAGAAUUGCAAGAAAAACUGCAAGCAUUAAAUCGUCUCAUUGAAAUUGGUGAUCACUGGCAAGAAGAACGUGCUCCAUUAAUACGUUCUGGUAUUUCGGAAGAUUCUGAUUAUACAUCAGAUGUAUCAUUUCCUGUCCAUCAUCCAAAUAGUUCGGCACAUCAAUGGUACAGUCAUUUGCAUCAAAAUAAACGACACCAACGACAAUACGACAAAAAUCUUUUACCAUUUGAACAGAUAUUGCAGGCAAGUUAUGAAGAUGAAGAAGAUGCCUAUCGACAACAAUUCUAUUCAGAUGAUAACGAACAAGUUCAAAAAUCAACUGAAUAUUAUGAUGAUAUGCUUGGUUAUUCAACGGAAGUAAACGCUUCGCUAUCACGUCAUCAGUAUUCACGUGAAACCGUAAGACAAGAAUCUAUGUUACGUAAUGUUUAUAAUAUUGAAAAUAAUGAUGAAUAUGAUCGUUCGGAGAGAAAUCGGAAUAGUUUAAACUAUGAUAAUGAUUAUCAUGAUAGACAUUAUUAUGAUCCAGUUGAACAAUCAGAUGAUUACUUUCAACCCAGUACAUCUGGUGAGCAAUAUCAAAGUGAUGAAUAUCAUAAUGAUAAUGAAGCAAGAGAACAAUGGGAUGAUGAACAAAAUAUGGAUUGGACCGAAGAGCAAGAACCAUUAUCAUAUAAUAGUCGUCCACAACUAAUACAUCAAAAAAUGUUUCCAAUGCGAAGGCAUUAUCAUGACGAUGAUGAUGAUGAUGAGGACGGUGAUGAUGAUGAUGAUGAUAAUGUCGAUGUUGAUGAUGAUGAUAAUGAUGAUGAUGAUAAUGAGAUUUGGCAUGAUUAUUCGACAGUAAUGCAGAAUAAAUCAUCUACAUUAACAAAUCAAUAUGAUAUGCCACCAACAGAAUCAGAACAUGAAUCAUUAGAUCAUCCUGAAAUGAAUCAUUAUUAUAUCAAUGAUUUAAAUAAUCAUCAAUUAAAUUUCACUAAUCAACAACUACCGAAUGGUUCAAUUAAUAAUUUUGAUCAAAUGCGAUAUGAUCAUAACAAGCAAUAUUCCAUCAAUGAAAAACAAGAAAUAAGGAAUGAACUUAAUGAGGCGCAAUAUUCAUUUGAGCGCCACAAUAAUGACGAAAUGCAAUCGAAGAUAUUAAAAGUGCAAUUUACAAUGGAUGAUAAUCAGCAAAUGAAUGAAAUUGAAAGGAUUAAUGAAGCCGAAUUGAUAUUAUCAAAAAGAAAUUAUAAAAAUUUAUGGCAUAAAGCUUAUGAGGAUACAUGUCGAAUACUUGGAAUUAAGGUUACAUUUUGA